AUGCUUAUUACUUUGUUGAGGAAAGAGACUUCUGGGAGGGACUUGAUUAGGCCUGGUGCGACUCGCUUUGCCACAGCAUAUUUGACUCUAUCUUGUCUUAGUGAACUCGAAACACCAUUGAGGGCCAUGUUUGAUUCAGAAGAUUGGAGGUCAACUAAGUUUGCUGCUUCAACAGAGGGGAAACAGGUGCAAAGAAUAGUAAAGGAUUCUCAAUUUUGGAAGAACAUAGUGAUAUGUCUCAAGGCUGCUGGUCCUAUGAUAGAAGUCCUUCGCUUGGUGGAUUCAGAUGAAAAACCCGCCAUGGGUUUCGUAUAUGAUGCAAUUGAUACCGCUAAAGAGAAGAUAAGAACAAACUUCAAGGAUGUCAAGAAAAGAUAUGAGUCUGUAUGGAAAAUCAUUGAUGAGAGGUGGGAUAAACAACUUCAUAGGCCCUUACAUGCAGCUGGAUAUUAUCUUAAUCCCUACUUCCAUUGGGAUUCUAAUUUCAAAAAGGAAGAUGUUGAGGUCAAAGAAGGGCUAUACAGUUGCAUGAUAAAGAUGGUACCCAAUGCCGUGGAGAGGAAAAAGAUUCAUGCCCAACUUAUUGUGUUUCAUAAUAGAAAAGGCAUGUUUGGACUAGAAGAUGCACAAAGUGUUAGGAAGACUGUGACUCCAGCAGAAUGGUGGGAGGCUUAUGGAGAUCAUUGUCCCGAACUAAGUAAUUUUACCAUUCGGGUUCUAAGCUUGACUUGUAGUUCUUCCGGGUGUGAGCGUAAUUGGAGCGCAUUUGAAAUGAUGCAUACAAAGAAAAGGAAUAAAUUGCACCAAAAGAAGAUGAAUGAUUUGGUUUAUGUCAUGUACAACUUGAAGUUGAAGAAUAAACCAAAAAAGAGAAAUGUUUUUGCCUCUUGUUCAUUUGAGGAAGUUGCUUCAGAUGAUGAGUGGAUAACUGAGGAAGGAGAAGAUGUUAAUGUCAAUGAACGGAAUGAAGAAGUUGGACUUGAACAUCUUAAUGAUAAUGAUGUUAAUGUUGAUUUGGAUGAAGUUGAAGGAAGUAUUAGUCAUACUAAUGCAAGUGGAAUUAGACAAGACUUUUCAUCUGAUUCUGAUGAAGGUGAUGCCGAUGGCAAUGAUGAUGGAGGAGAAUCUGAAGAUGAUGAUGGUGAUGAUCAUGGAAUGGAAGAAUGA